AGGUGGAAGUGCGACCAGGAGGCCAAGACCCCCGCCGGCACCUGGGGCGGCCUUUCCCCGCGCAAAGAGGAUGAAGACCUCAACAACGUGCUGGAUUUUAUCCUUUCCAUGGGCAGCGACGGCUAUGGCCAGGGCGCAGCCGGUGGGGACUAUGCCCCUGCCCAAGGGGAGAGCGGCAACUUUUACCAGACAAACCCGUCCCCGGGAUGCUACAGUGCCCUGGAGCAGCCUCCUGCCAAUGUCCACGGGCGGUUCUUCGUGACGCCCAGCUUCGGGGGCCCGCAGUUCAUCGAGAACAUUAAGCCCGAGCCUGACAUGGACAAUUACGGACCGGUCCUGGGUCUGGUGCCCCAGGCUUGCCCGAAGAUCAAGCAGGAGGGCAACGCAACCUGCAUGAUGGCCUACGAGCAGCCCCGGGUGGCCAGCUCCCCCCAGAUCCCCGGGGCAGAGACGCCCCCGCUGAGCCCCGAUGAUCUCAUGGUGAAUGACUGCCACACGCAGAUGAUGUGCCCCUCGUCCGUGUCCUUCCAGCAAAGCUACCACCCGGCCUCCGGCUUCCACCACCCGCAGACCCAUCUCCAGUACCAGAACACCUCCCAGUUUGGUCUUUUCGAGGACAGCCUGCCCUUACAACCCUCUGCUCCCAGAGGCAUGCUCACCCCUCCUUCCUCCCCUCUGGAGCUGCUGGACUCCAAACCCAAAAGAGGUCGUCGGUCCUGGCCGCGGAAGAGGACGGCCACUCACACGUGCACCUACGCAGGUUGCGGGAAGACCUACACCAAGAGUUCGCACCUGAAGGCGCACCUCAGGACGCACACAGGUGAAAAGCCCUACCACUGCAACUGGGAAGGCUGCGGCUGGAAGUUCGCUCGCUCCGACGAACUCACCCGUCACUAUCGCAAGCACACCGGCCACCGGCCCUUCCAGUGCCACCUCUGCGACAGGGCCUUCUCCAGGUCAGACCACCUGGCUUUGCACAUGAAGCGGCACAUGUAGCCCUGGAGACUCCGACCUGCCAAGAGUGGACCUUAUUUAACUGCUCAGGGGCAGAAGCGUUAAAAACUUGUAGCUGGUACUACGUAGGGAGGCACCGACGCUC